ACUCCAGACGCGUUCUUCAGUCCUCCUCCUCCUCCUCCUCCUCCUGCUGCUGCUGCUGCUGCUGCUGGACUAUCACUGACUCUGACUUUACCUCUGAAUGUAAGUGAAUGUAAAAGUCAGUCGGAGUCUCAGUUCGGACACGGGACACACGGGACGAUGGGGGCACAGCACAGUUUCAGGUCUUUACGCGCAGUCGUGACUGUUUGCCUCCUUGCAACGGUGCUGUUGGUGGAGCCCGGGACCGCCGAUUUGCCCCCAUUUUAUCCUCUGAGGCAGCUCUGUAAGUUCUGCGACGUAGAACUCGCCUCGUGCCCAGGGACAGGAACAUGCAUGUCCAACUGCUCCAUCACGUCUAUCUGUGUGGAAAGCAGCGAGGUGUGUGUGGCCAUCUGGAGAAAGAACGAGACCGGCUUCUCUCUGGAAACUCUCUGCCAUAACCCUUCCAAGCCACUGUAUGGCGUAAUCCUGGACGACUACAACAGCACCACCUGUAUGAUGAAGGAGAAGAACACAUCCAGUGGAAUGGCUCAGUUCUGCUCCUGCAGGGACGAGGAUGAGUGUAACGACAAGCUGACAUUCUCAGCAAAUGUGGAUCCACCUGUAGACGACCCACUGGUAUCUGUGAUCUUGGUGAGUCUGCUGCCCCUGGUGGUGAUGGGGAUCAUAGUGGCAGGAAUGUGCUACUGGUACAGAAGACACCGGCGACACAUGCUUAACCAGGAAUGGGAGACCAACAAGAAGAAACGCAAACCUAGAGCUGGUGGGUUGGACUGCAGCGACGCCUGUGCCAUCAUGAUGGAUGAUGACCGUUCAGACAGCAGCUCCACCCACGCCAAUAACCUGAACCACAACACUGAGCCUCUGCCUAUAGAACUGGAUCUGCUGGUGGGCAAAGGUCGCUUUGCUCAAGUCUACAAGGCGAAGCUGAAGCAGUCGACCUCAGACCAGUUUGAAACUGUAGCUGUGAAGAUUUUCCCCUACGAGGAGUACGCUUCCUGGAAGAACGAGAAGGACAUUUUCUCCAACACAGACCUCCGACAUGAGAACGUCCUCCACUUCCUCACAGCUGAGGAGAGGAAGGUGGAGAAGCAGUACUGGCUCAUCACUGCCUUCCAUCCCAGAGGGAACUUACAGGAAUACCUAACCCAUAAUGUGAUCAGCUGGGAGGAGCUGCAGGUGCUGGGCAGUUCCUUAGCUCGAGGUGUUGCCCACCUCCACAGUGACCGCCUUUCCUGUGGACGUCCAAAGGUGCCCAUCGUCCACCGUGACCUGAAGAGUUCCAACAUUCUAGUGAAGAAUGACCUGACCUGCUGCCUGUGUGACUUUGGACUGGCUCUGUGUUUGGACAGCAGUCUGUCUGUGGACGACCUGGCCAACAGUGGACAGGUGGGUACUGCACGUUACAUGGCUCCGGAGGUUCUAGAGGCUCGACUGGACCUGGAGAACACUGAGUCCUUCAAGCAGACUGACAUUUACUCCAUGGCCCUUGUUCUAUGGGAGAUGACGUCGAGGUGUGAAGCUAUCGGAGAAGUGAAGGACUACGAGCCAGCGUAUGGAUCCAAAGUCCGAGAGCAUCCAUGUGUUGAGAGCAUGAAGGACAACGUCCUCAGAGACAGAGGACGACCCGAGAUCCCCGACACCUGGCUGAGACAUCAGGGAGUGGGAGUGAUUUGUGCCACCAUCAAGGAAUGCUGGGACCACGACCCCGAGGCUCGCCUCACCGCCCACUGUGUUGCCGAGCGCAUCUCCACGUUAGAAGAUGAGAUUGACAAACUGUCCUGCCGCAGCUCCUCAGAAGAGAAGAUCCCUGAGGAGCUGAAGGUCCCCAUAGAGGUGGAGAUACCUGAGAAGGAGGUGAAAAUCUCAGAAAUCCAGGACAUCAUCGCUGUGGAUAGUUCCAUGAGCGACAAGAAGUGAGCAGAAACUCACAAAGUUGUGCUCACAAAGUUUAUCUUUUAUUUCCAGCGAGAUCGCUUCUUCUCCUCCGAUGGGAAAAUGUCAGUAGUGAUUAUCGGGAGCUGAGCUCCUGCGGGACUUUGAGUGUCAGUGUCAUAGCUAAACGCCAUUCUGAGCAAAGGGGGAGGGGCAAUCUUUUUUGGAGUUCACUCCUUGUGCAGUGUGAUACCACAAUCAGCUGAGUCAAGCUGAAGAGCCGUAAACAGGAGAAACUGGAAGCUUCCGCAGAUGUGCUGAACCCAGGAAAGAGCAUGUUUUUCGAGCUUUAAAUUCACUUCUGUCAGGACAAAUACACAAACCAAAGACAUUUAACGUGCAAUUUUAAAGUCUAAUAUUCACCUAUUAAAAAUGGUCUUCCUUUUUAUACUAUGAUGUAUACUGUAUGGGAAUUAUAAAAAACUUUUGUUUGUACGUGUGAGUGUUUUUUACAGCUUUACUUAAACUUGUUUGGCAGGUAAACAAGCACAGUGUAUUGUACAUAGAGCCAAUAACUGUACAUAAGAGAAUAAUCAGCCCUAAAGGGAAAAGUAAUCCUUCUACUUAUAUUGAAUGCAGAUAUGAAAUGUAUUUUCUUAAACACUUGUUUCUAUGUAGGUGUGUACCAAAGAUCUUUUACACUUCUUUAUAUUUUGCAGUUUGUUACGUGUGAAAUAUUGUAUAUCAUUAAAGAAUUAAAGAUAUUACUGUACACUUAAAA